UCCCUGUAAGACGUGAUCAUGAAGGCAGCCGUCGUCGUCGCAAUUUUUCUGGCCUUUUUGGCUGUUGUAUCAUGUGUCGAGUUAGAGAAAUCUACAGAGUCCGGUCACGUCAUUCAAAAGAGAGGAGUAACCAUUACAGCCAAACCGCCUUUUCCACGAUGUGUAUUUUAUGAGUGCAUUGCAAACUGCAGGAAUAGAGGAUAUAAAAACGGUGGAUACUGUACCAUCAAUGGAUGCCAAUGUCUUCGUUGACAUCUAUAUUAUUGUUUUAAUAAUUUUAAAUAAUACCUAUAAUAUCAAAAACUACAAAGUAUAUGUGUUUCGAAUGGUCAUUUAAAUAAAUUAAAAGUAAUAAAACAUA